GGGCGGCGGGCAGCAUGGCCAGCGCGGCCGAGCCCCCCGGGCGCGCCGCCGGGUACCUGCAGGAGCUCACCCGGAUCGUGGCGGCGCAGCAGGAGCUGCUGGCGCGCCGGCGGCGGCGCAUCGAGGAGCUGGAGCGCCAAGUGGCGCGGCUGAGCCGGGAGAACGCCGGCCUGCUGGAGCGCCACCGCCGGCACCUGGCCGCGUGCGCGCGGCGCCCGGACCCCGGCCCCGACAAGUCCGACGGCGGAGGCUCGCGGAGCGUGCGGAGCUCUCUGGAGACCGGAAGCACCCUCUCCACUGACCGCUACAGCGUUGAGGGCGAGGCCCCCAGCAGUGACACCGGCACGUCCCUGGACAGCCCCUCGGCCUACCACCAGGGCCCGCUCGCGCCCGGCUCCAGCCUGAGCCCCGACCACUACGAGCACGCGGCCGUGGGCGCCUAUGGGCUGUACCCGGGGCCGCCGGGCCAGCAGCGCGCGCGGAGGCCGAAGCUGCAGCACUCGACGUCCAUCCUGCGCAAGCAGGCCGAGGAGGAGGCCAUCAAGCGCUCGCGCUCACUGUCCGAGAGCUAUGAGCUCUCCUCCGACCUGCAGGACAAGCAGGUGGAGAUGCUGGAGCGGAAGUAUGGGGGCCGCCUGGUGAGCCGCCAUGCCGCCCGCACCAUCCAGACGGCCUUCCGCCAGUACCAGAUGAACAAGAACUUCGAGCGCCUGCGCAGCUCCAUGUCCGAGAACCGCAUGUCGCGCCGCAUCGUGCUGUCCAACAUGAGGAUGCAGUUCUCCUUCGAGGGGCCCGAGAAGGUGCACAGCUCCUACUUCGAGGGCAAGCAGCUCUCCGUGACCGACGACGGCGGCGCCCCGCUGGGGGCCCUGGUGCCGCCCGAGUGCGGGGACCUGGGCGAGCCCCCCGCCCUGCCCUCGCCCGCCCCGGCCGGCGGCGACUUCGCCGACGCCAUCACCGAGCUGGAGGACGCCUUCUCGCGGCAGGUGAAGUCGCUGGCCGAGUCCAUCGACGACGCGCUCAACUGCCGCAGCCUGCACGCUGAGGAGGCGGGGGCGGCCCCCGACGCUGAGCCCCCACCGGCCCUGCACGGCGUGGACCCGCGCCGGCUGGACGAGAUGACGGCCUCCUACAGCGACGUCACCCUGUACAUCGACGAGGAGGAGCUGUCGCCGCCCCUGCCCCCGGCCCAGGCCGCCCACCGGCCGGGCAGCGCCGAGGCCGACCUGCGCCUGCGGGCCGGGGGCGCCGUCCAGGACUACUGGGCGCUGGCCCGCAAGGACCAGGGGGACGCGGACGCCAGCUGCCGGAGCACGCCGUCCCUGGAGCGGCAGGAGCCGCGGCGCCGGCGGGCCGAGCACCUCCCGCUGCUCACCGUCCAGCCGCCCAGCGACAGCUCCGUGGACCUCAGCGACCGCUCGGACCGCGGCUCGCUCAAGAGGCCGGGCGCCUACGAGCGCGGGCCAGGCGGGCCUCAGGGCAGCCCCAAGCACGGCGCCGCCCCCAAGGGCCUGGCCCGGGAGGAGCCCGAGCUGCGGGCCCGGCCCCCGCGGCCCCUGGACGGCCACCUGGCCAUCAACGGCUCGGCCAACCGGCAGAGCAAGUCCGAGUCGGACUACUCGGACGGGGACAACGACAGCAUCAACAGCACCUCCAACUCCAACGACACCAUCAACUGCAGCUCCGAGUCCUCGUCGCGCGACAGCCUCCGCGAGCAGACGCUGAGCAAGCAGACCUACCACAAGGAGACGCGCAACAGCUGGGACUCGCCCGCCUUCAGCAACGACGUCAUCCGCAAGCGCCACUACCGCAUCGGCCUCAACCUCUUCAACAAGAAGCCUGAGAAGGGUGUCCAGUACCUCAUCGAGCGCGGCUUCGUGCCCGACACGCCCGUGGGGGUCGCCCACUUCCUGCUGCAACGCAAGGGCCUCAGCCGGCAGAUGAUCGGGGAGUUCCUGGGCAACCGGCAGAAGCAGUUCAACAGGGACGUGCUCGACUGCGUGGUGGACGAGAUGGACUUCUCCGCCAUGGAGCUGGACGAGGCGCUGCGCAAGUUCCAGGCACACAUCCGCGUCCAGGGGGAGGCGCAGAAGGUGGAGCGGCUGAUCGAGGCCUUCAGCCAGCGCUACUGCAUCUGCAACCCCGGGGUGGUGCGGCAGUUCCGGAACCCGGACACCAUCUUCAUCCUGGCCUUCGCCGUCAUCCUGCUCAACACGGACAUGUACAGCCCCAACGUCAAGCCCGAGCGCAAGAUGAAGCUGGAGGAUUUCGUCAAGAACCUGCGAGGAGUGGACGAUGGCGAGGACAUUCCCCGGGAGAUGCUGGUCGGAAUCUACGAGCGGAUUCGCAAGCGGGAGCUGAAGACCAACGAGGACCACGUGUCCCAGGUGCAGAAGGUCGAGAAGCUCAUCGUGGGCAAGAAGCCGAUCGGAUCCCUGCACCACGGCCUGGGCUGUGUGCUGUCGCUCCCCCACCGGCGCCUGGUCUGCUACUGCCGGCUCUUCGAGGUCCCCGACCCCAGCAAGCCCCAGAAGCUGGGGCUGCACCAGCGCGAGAUCUUCCUGUUCAACGACCUCCUGGUGGUCACCAAGAUCUUCCAGAAGAAGAAGAACUCGGUGACGUACAGCUUCCGGCAGUCCUUCUCGCUGUACGGCAUGCAGGUCCUGCUCUUCGAGAACCAGUACUACCCCAAUGGCAUCCGACUCACCUCCGCCAUCCCCGGGGCAGACAUCAAAGUGCUGAUAAACUUCAACGCACCCAACCCUCAGGACCGCAAGAAGUUCACGGACGACCUGCGCGAGUCCAUCGCCGAAGUGCAGGAGAUGGAGAAGCACAGGAUAGAGUCCGAGCUGGAGAAGCAGAAGGGCGUGGUGCGGCCGGGCACGGCGCAGUGCUCCAGCCUGCGGAAGGAGCCGGGCAGCGGCGCGCUGGGCCGGGCCUGCCUGGACGACAGCUACGCCAGCAGCGAGGGCCUGAAGCGCAGCGCCCUCAGCAGCUCCCUGCGCGACCUCUCGGAAGCGGUUUCAGCCUUUCGAGUCACUGCAGCCGCCAGUGCUCUGCUCCUAAGCCAGGACCGAGGACUGCCCCGGGCGCUCGAGGGCCCUUUCAGAAAGGGCGAAGCUCACGCGAGACGGCGGGGCCAGACGGCAGGCGGACCGAGGGGCCCCCUUCCCUCCCCACCCGUCCCCUUGUCGUGUCUUUGAGGUCACCAUACCAGCAAGUCUGCAAAACCGAGCACUUUGUUAAUCUCCACAGAGAACAAAUCCAGCAAAUCCUAAGCGUUUUCACCUGUUUGAAACGUGUGGCUCCGGCAAAGCGCCCACAGGCCUGUCGCCCCCCUCGAGGGCGGGUGGGCAGGCGGGCGCCUGCGCAGGAAGGGAGAUAGGGAAGAGAAUUUAAAAAACUUUAAAAAAAAAAAAGAAAGAAAAGCAGGUCUGGUUCGUGGAGGCCAGGCUGGAGGGAGGCGCCCUGGUUCCGUGGACCCCGGGACGCACACGUCUCCCUCCCCAGCCAGGCAGCGGGGAAGCAGAACUGCACGCUCGCCCCCUCGCACCGGGCUGCCGGCCACACUUCCGUGUUGUACAUUUGCAAACCUCUCAGUGUUCCUGUCGACAGAUAGUUGAAGUAAAGUGAUCACACUCAACCCGUCAGCUCUCCUUCCCUCUGUACCAGCGCUAGGGCGACUGUGAGGUUGUUCCAGAAAAGGCGGGGGCCGUUGGGUACCACGUUUCCCCUUUCUGAGGGGCAUCGGGUCACGAGUGAGAGACAAACCCGAAAUCUGACGGGGGUGGGGUGGAGGGGUGCUCUGUCCCUGACUGUCCCCUCCAGGACCUGUCACCCGGAGGGCUGGAUCCGGUGGGUGAGCGGCUGGGACUGGUUCCAUUUCUGCCCUGUGCCCAGCUCGGCCCAGAGCGCCGGGUGGGGCAUGAUGAGACGGUGCCACCCGGUGUGUCUGGCCUACAAACCAGUCCCGGGAACGUGUCCAGAAAGCACAGUAGGGGGGCUGCCAUCGGGACCUCCCAUCACCCCCUCCGAACGAGAGACAGGCGGCUGAGCACCCCUGAACACCCACCCCCCCAAGUCCACAUCAGCCUCCCUUACUGUCAGGACACUCGGGAGAUUUUCCUCAAGUUGCACAAUUCCUCCAGUUCUGGAACGAUCUCCGUCCAGAGCAGGAGACACUCGGAGGCAGCGGCUGGUAGCAUACCCCUCCCCCAACAACCUCCCCCCCCAAAAAAAAAACAACUUUUCUGGGACAACAAUAAAAUCAUGUAUUUGUAUUUUUUUAAGUUUACGAAUGACUUGUACAACAAUGUAAAAAAAAAAAAUAAAGUUCAUCCUAAUAUGAGGUGCACAUUUUACUUUAAAAUAAAAAGUGUCUGCAGCAAGCCAGUGUAGACCGAUUCUCCCACCACGUACCGCACCGCAUGCCGUGGCUGCCUCUUGUUGUUCUUAAAACAAAGCUGAGGCAGCCAACAUUUAAACAGAGACCUGGGGCAGCGCCGCCUUCCCUGGAAGCGGCGACUCCCCCAGGCCAGCAUGCACCUUCGCAGUCUCCUUGUAAAAUACCAUCCCCUCCCUGCCUGAGUCAUUCCGUAAGUAUUUGCCAUCCCAACAGCAGUAAUUCAGGAAACAGAUUGCAAAGUGAAUCUGCGGGCCGGGCGGGGUGGGGAGGGGUGGGGGGUGCCGGGGCGAGCAGGAGGGGCCCCGUGACGGUUGUGUCCCAGCGCACCCGCGCGCCCAGCUCCUCCGGGGAGCACCUCGGAGACGUCUGGAACCGUCAGCGCCGUGUCUUGAACACAGACGGUUCAAGGACUUGCGGGGUUCCCUGGCACCCACGGUGUGUGUGACUUUGGGGAGGAAAGGGCCGCUUCUGUCUCGAUCCGCGUUCUGUGACUAGUGACCGACUCUUGCUGUGAACCAUAGCUGUGAUCAUGUGGAGAACUCAAAUAAAACCUUGCAAACACUCCGA